GCGGCGGCUCGCUCUCUGAGUCAGUCAGUGCGAGGGAAGCAGCAGCAGCUCCUGGCGGCCCGAUCACUCGUACACACAGCACUCUCUCUAAUCACUCACCCCAGCCAUGGCAUCCUCCGGAGCUCAGCCUGCGCCCGCAGCACCCGCCCUGCAGAGGGGCAUCGUCAAGAUGGUUCUCUCUGGAUGUGCGAUUAUUGUUCGAGGUCAGCCGCGUGGGGGUCCUCCUCCGGAGAGGCAGAUUAACCUCAGCAACAUCCGUGCAGGUAAUCUGGCUCGCAGAGCUGCUGUGUCCCAACAAGACUCUAAGGAUACCCCCGAUGAGCCCUGGGCAUUUUCAGCUCGUGAAUUCCUGAGAAAGAAGCUAAUUGGAAAGGAAGUUUGCUUUACAGUAGAGUACAAGACUCCUCAGGGGAGAGAGUAUGGAAUGGUUUACCUGGGGAAAGAUACAUCUGGUGAGAACAUCGCAGAGUCCCUUGUGGCUGAAGGUCUGGCAUCACGACGCGAAGGAGUACGCGCUACAACCCCAGAGCAGAACAGGCUGGUGGAAAUAGAAGAACAAGCUCGAGCGGCAAAGAAGGGUGUGUGGAGUGAUGGGACUGGAUCUCAAACCAUCAGAGAUCUUAAAUACACAAUAGAGAACUCAAGACACUUCGUGGAUUCCAUGCAUCAGAAGCCAGUCAAUGCUGUUAUUGAGCAUGUGCGAGAUGGAAGCGUAGUUAGAGCACUGCUACUUCCUGAUUACUAUCUGGUUACAGUGAUGCUGUCUGGUAUAAAGUGUCCAACCUUUAAGAGAGAAGCCGAUGGCACGGAGACUCCUGAACCUUUCGCUGCAGAAGCAAAGUUUUUCACAGAGUCAAGGUUGCUACAGCGUGAUGUACAAAUAAUUUUGGAGAGCAGCCACAACCAAAACUUCCUGGGAACCAUUCUCCAUCCCAAUGGUAACAUCACAGAGCUGCUACUUAGAGAAGGGUUUGCUCGAUGUGUAGACUGGUCUAUUGCAAUCUAUACACAGGGAUCUGAGAAGCUGAGGGCAGCAGAACGCUUUGCCAAGGAAAGAAAGAUAAGGAUCUGGAGAGAUUAUGUGGCGCCCACAGCAAAUUUGGAUCAGAAGGAUAAGCAGUUUGUUGCCAAGGUGGUGCAAGUAUUAAACGCUGAUGCCAUGGUUGUGAAGCUGAAUUCUGGAGAAUACAAAACUAUUCAUCUUUCCAGUAUAAGGCCGCCAAGGCUGGAAGGAGAAGGAUCACAGGAUAAGAACAAGAAAUUACGUCCUCUCUAUGACAUUCCAUACAUGUUCGAGGCCAGAGAGUUUCUACGGAAAAAGCUGAUCGGGAAAAAGGUGAAUGUGAAUGUAGAUUAUAUUCGUUCAGCAAGUGCAGCAACAGAAAGCGUCCCAGCCUUUCCGGAGCGUACCUGUGCCACUAUCACAAUUGGUGGAAUAAACAUUGCAGAAGCUUUAGUGAGCAAAGGUCUGGCCACAGUGAUACGCUAUAGACAGGAUGAUGACCAGCGAUCUUCUCAUUAUGAUGAGUUACUAGCAGCGGAAGCACGAGCCAUCAAGAAUGCCAAAGGUCUCCACAGCAAGAAAGAAGUUCCUAUCCACAGAGUGGCAGACAUCUCUGGGGACACUCAAAAGGCAAAACAGUUCCUGCCAUUCCUGCAGAGGGCCGGGCGCUCUGAAGCCAUUGUAGAGUAUGUAUUCAGUGGAUCUAGGCUCAAGCUUUACAUGCCAAAGGAAACCUGCCUUAUCACAUUUCUCCUUGCUGGCAUUGAAUGUCCUAGAGGACCGAGAAAUAUGCCAAGUGGUGUUCAGGAAGGUGAGCCGUUCAGUGACGAGGCAAUGUCGUACACCAAGGAGCUUGUACUGCAAAGAGAGGUAGAGGUAGAAGUUGAAGCAAUGGACAAGGCUGGUAACUUCAUUGGAUGGCUUCACGUGGAUGGAAUCAACCUGUCUGUGUCUUUGGUGGAACACGCACUGUCCAAGGUUCACUUCACUGCUGAGCGCAGCAACUACUACAAAACCCUCCUGUCUGCAGAAGAAGGUCCUAAACAAAAAAAAGAAAAGAUCUGGUCGAAGUUUGAGGAGCUGCCAGUUGAAGAAGUAGUGACAGUGGUGGAGGAGAAAGAGAGAAAUGCCAAUUACAAGCCCGUCCUAGUGACCGAGAUAACGGAUGGGCUUCAUUUCUACAUUCAGGAUGUCGAGACAGGAACACAGCUAGAGAAGCUCAUGGAAGGCAUGAGAAGUGAAAUUGCCAGCAAUCCUCCUUUAGAAGGCUCCUUCUCACCACGCCGUGGAGAUUACUGCAUUGCCAAAUUUGUGGAUGGAGAAUGGUACCGAGCUCGUGUGGAGAAAGUAGAGUCACCUGCCAAAGUCCAUGUUUUUUAUAUUGAUUAUGGAAAUAGAGAAGUCCUGACCUCAACCCGUUUGGGCGCAAUCCCUCAGUCGUUCAGUGUGCGUACACUGCCUGCUCAGGCCAUAGAGUAUGCAUUUGCAUUCAUCCAGGUGCCUCAAGAUGAAGAGGCACGUGCCGAUGUGGUGGACAAUGUAGUGCGAGACAUACAGAACACUCAGUGUCUGCUCAAUGUGGAACAUUCUGGAGCAGGAUGCCCACAUGUAACCUUACAGUUUGCAGACUCAAAGGACGAUGUGGGUCUGGGAUUGGUGAAAGAGGGGCUGGUGAUGGUGGAGGUGCGCAAAGAGAAGCAGUUCCAGAAAGUGAUCUCAGAAUAUCUGAGCGCUCAGGAAGCUGCAAAGGCUGCUCGGUUGAACCUUUGGCGUUACGGAGAUUUCCGUGCGGAUGAUGCUGAUGAAUUUGGCUACAACCGCUAAAAAGUAAUGCCAUUCCAAAGAUGACAGAGACCCUCCCUACUCACCCGCUGACAUCUAGAUUCCCAUGACUAUCCUCCAAUUUGAAGCCCCAGCCUUUACCUAAUGACCUCUUAUUGCAAGUGGAAGGCACUAUAAUGGAACUUCGACCUUCUAUUCCGGUGGGGCAUACAGGGUUAAUCUUGAACAAUGCAACCACUUCAGCAUUACAAGUAUCCUGAAAACAUCAUACAGCAUUCAAUUUUUUUAAUUUGUCAAAUAGGCUGUUUUUAACAGCUUCUCGUGAUCCAUUCUUACAACUUAGAAUUAUGUCCUAACGGUUCAUCUUCAUGGUUUUUUUUUAUCUGUUCAGUUCAUGAAAUAAUCAUACAUUGUUUUCCCUUUAUCCUAUGUCCAGGGUCAUAUGUUUUGUCUUGUAUAUUUAAUGGCUCAAUAAAGUACUGCGUUCUGACUUACAAA